GGUGUCAUUCAGCCACGUCAUUUUUGGUUGAAUGAGAAGAUUGUUAUAGGCGUUCAGUAUACGCGGCAUUUAACAUAAGUUUUCCUUUAAAUAGUCAUCAUGAAUAUUUUCCGCUUACUCGCCGAUUUAUCCCACCUCCUAGCUAUUAUAAUAUUGUUAAUAAAAAUAUGGAAAACAAGAUCUUGUGCAGGAAUAUCUGGAAAAUCGCAAAUCCUAUUUGCUAUAGUUUACACGUCGCGGUAUUUGGAUUUGUUAACGACAUUUGUGUCUGCCUAUAACACUAUAAUGAAAAUAGUUUUCGUCGUGGCUUCCUAUGCUACGGUUUAUUUGAUGUAUGUGAAAUUUAAAGCUACCUAUGACCAUAAUCACGAUACAUUCAGGAUUGAAUUCUUGCUUAUACCUUCUGCUAUUCUUGCAUUGCUGAUCAACCGCGAGUUUACAGUACUUGAGGUUCUGUGGACAUUUUCUAUUUACUUGGAGUCGGUUGCGAUAUUGCCGCAAUUAUUUUUGGUAUCAAAGACUGGAGAAGCUGAAAGUAUUACAUCUCAUUAUCUAUUUGCUCUCGGCUCAUACAGAGGCCUUUAUCUCUUGAACUGGAUAUAUCGCUACUUUGUUGAGGACCACUAUGAAUUGAUUGCUAUUGUAGCUGGUGUCAUACAGACAGUUCUUUACUGUGAUUUCUUCUACUUGUACAUUACAAAAGUAUUAAAAGGAAAGAAGCUACAGUUGCCAGCUUAGACACAAGCCAGCGGAACCAACAUUUAAUUUAUUAUGUUGGUUAAGUUGAGAAUACAACCUAAGAUCUUAGCUGUACAAUUAUUGUGUGGGUAAUUUGUGAAUGCAUUAUUAAAAACAGUUGUUUGUGGUUAAA